AUGGCAUCCUUGGUUGUAGCGCGCAACUUGUUGCGGCGGUCGUUCGCAACCAACAUCUACGUGGAAGGGAUCCAUUGGCGAACGGAUGCGCAGCGCCUUCAGCAGGCCUUCGAACCAUUUGGUCCUAUCCUCAAAGUAUCGUUCGCGCCGACGCAGACAGAAAACAUCUACUUGACCGGGUGUGUGAGCUACAAGAAAGCCGACGACGCCUUUCGCGCCAUUCUUGCCAUGAACGGCCAGGAACUCGACGGACGACUGCUCAAAGUAGACUAUUACGACGGCACGUUGGACGAUUAA